AUGGACUUGCGAUCUCAUCGACCUUCCGAUACCAGCCACUGCCCGAACGGAACAUUGUGCAGCGAUUUACCCAACUUAUGCCUUCAGUGCAACUACAAUCCCCAGUGCAUUUACGGAGCGGAAAUUAAUGUGACCUGCAUACCGAAAAGUUCCGUCUCCUGUCACAAUGAUCCAUCCGGGCACGAGAUCAAGCGACGAACGAUUUGCCGGUACUGCUACCAAACCGAGCGUUGGGAGCAGAUUUGCGAACAGAAAGGAGGCUGUAACUCAAUCGAUUCUCAGUUCAAAACCAAUUGUACCGUGAACAGUGAAAUACUCUGCAGGGGCCAUCGGACGUUCAUGAAGAAAGUUCCCUGCAACUGGACCCAGGGCUACAGAUGGUCGACGACGUUGAUUCUGAGCAUAACGUUGGGCGGGUUCGGGGUUGACCGAUUCUUUCUGGGACACUGGCAGGAAGGAAUCGGCAAACUUUUUAGCUUUGGUGGUUUGGGAGUUUGGACAUUGAUCGAUGUGCUGCUGAUCUCGCUGCACUAUUUGGGACCUGCGGAUGGGUCUCUGUACAUCUAGGAUGAAGCGUAUUUUUCUCGAGCACAAGUAACUAGGGACUUGCGAUGUGAUAAUUAGAAAUAAAUAUUUUCGUUCGAAAAACAUAGAGGAGAAACAAUUGGUAUGAUAAAAAGCUCAUCGACCUUCCGAUACCAGCCACUGCCCGAACGGAACAUUGUGCAGCGAUUUACCCAACUUAUGCCUUCAGUGCAACUACAAUCCCCAGUGCAUUUACGGAGCGGAAAUUAAUGUGACCUGCAUACCGAAAAGUUCCG